UGUCAAAUAAUCAGCUGUGUGCAAAAUGCUUGCAUCCGUGCAUCAUCGUCUAACAAAAUAACUACAGUGCUUCGAUCAAUACAUUGCAGUGCCGAUACCACCUACACAAUUUCUAUUAGAUUUUUUUUAUUACAUUGGCCAACGCCUAAGUAUUUGAUUGAAUUACAAAUAGUCAAGAAAAACUUAAUUUGUCUUUAUAUUUAUUCAUUUUACAAUGGAUGUGUUGAUUACUCUUUUCUAUAUCCUCUUUGCUAUCUGCGUCGUCUAUCCGCCUACGGAGUUCGUGGCUGCCGGCUUUACUAUACCUCAACUACUAGACAACUUCCUCGGAUCUGAAAAUGUGAAUUUCAUUGGUUAUCACAUGAAGAGGAUCACGAUAACCGCUCUGAUACACUCGGCUUUACCCCUUGGUUAUGUAUUCACGUUAUGGUGCGGAGGUGAAGAUAGCGUCUGGAUGCCGGCGGCCGCACUCGCGACUGGUAUAAUACCCGUCCUUAUGUGCUACAAGAUAGUUUGCUGGUGGGAACAUGAUAAGAAGAAGCAUCCAGUUGUUAAGGCACUACUGCCAUAUGUGAAUGAAGGUAGCGACUGGAGAGUAGUAGCUUCUCAUUUCAAUUUGGAUUUCCGAAGUAUUGAAAAAGUAUCCAUUAACCUGACGGCGACUAGCAAGUUCAUUGCUACAAAUUCAUUUCUUAUAAAGGUGACACAGUAUGGGACCAAUAUUGUGAAACAAUCUGACUGCACUUUGGUUGCUACGGCCACGGAUAGUCACAAUUUGACCCCGACUGGAGAAGACGAGAUCCAAUAUGUCAACAUUGAAGUAAUACCAUCAAGAGUUGAUAUCAAACGAUUCACCUUCAGGAUCUCAACUACGGCCUUACGAGACUUGCAGCCGAGGCUGGAACGUCCUGUCAGAGUGCCCGACCACAUCUCCCUACUGCCCACUCUAAUCGAGAGAUUCGUCAAGGUGUUCAAGCAACAUGUUGAACAAAACCCCGUGUAUUAUGUGGAUCAGGAACUGGAGCCGUGCAUCGGCUGUAUGCAGGCCACGGCGGACGUGAAGCUGGACCGCCUCUGUCCCCCGCACGAGCCGCAGCCUGCGCCCGCGCUUCCUGCCUGCCAACAGUGUAACUGCAGAGUAUUAUGGUGUGCGUCAUGCAUGGCCCGGUGGUGGGCGGCUCGUGCGAGCGGCCCUCCGGCAGAAUGGCUGAGCGCGCGGGGCUCCUGUCCCGUCUGCCGAGCCCCCUUCUGUCUCCUGGACGUGCGCCCCGCCCGCGCUCCCCCAACAUCCGCCUGACUGAGGGUCACCAUCUACCGAUACGCUCUCCCUCGCACCAGGCCCAGAGCUGACCCAGAUAUAGUACUGAGACUCGUCUCGGACUAAGAGCGUCAUCGGGGAUCACGUUACCUCAAAAAGGACUGUAGUGUCAUUAUAAGUGCAUUAACUGUGGAUAUAUCAAAGAUCUUUCGCUGUUAUAGAGUAGUAGUUUUGGAACCAUAUUUAUCUUAUUGAUUGUAUGUGAAUCAUUCUGCUUUACAUAAGCUAUAUUAUUGUAGUGCGUUUUAUUUGAAUGUUGAUAUUAAUUUCUGUGAUGAAAAGUUAUAGUCUUAGUAAAGGUACAAUAAAUGAUUGGAUGUGUAUAACACGUAGCCUAUUAGGUAUAUAAAAAUAUAUAUUUCGGUUUAGUAAAUAUGAAAAAAAAAAGCUUUUUGAGAUUUUUAAUUUUUAGACAUUCUAUCCUCUUUGCACAAAAUGACUAAAUUGACGUUGACAUGUGUCAAUAAAGUCAUUGACAGGUAAUGAGAUCUAAGAUUUUCUCGAGUAUUCAUUUAAAUGAAACUAGUAAAUCCGAAUAAUACUAGUUUCAUUGACAGGUCUUCAUUAUCUGUGAAAAUAUGAUAGUUAUAAAGCUUGAUCAUUUUUUUGGACGAUAUAAAUGUUAGCAUUGUGUCCUUCAUUCUACAUGACACUGGCAGAAUAUACUGUGCACGUCUUUGCACGGAUGAAUGCCAUAUUAUAAAAAAAAAAUUUAAUAUUAGUAAUGAUAAUAUCUAAAAAUGUUUGUAAUGUAUCCAUCCGAAUAUAUAACCGGCUAUAAGUAGUUCGAUAUAAUGUAGAUGAUGUCUAUAGUAAGUGUUAGAAGAUCGAUGUUUCUUUUUAUGAACAUUAUAUAAUCUCUUAAUAUAAAGGUUUCUUACACGAGUCGGAAAUGACGGAAUGGUUCCUAUAAUAUGGAGUUAGCGCCAUCUUGUCGGGUCUUAAUGCGACCUUUUGUAUUGUAUUUUAUAUACUAUAUAUAUUAUGUAUAUAUAUAAAUAUAAUUUGAUAAAAAUAUUUUUGUUACUUCCGUCUUUGUAGAUCGAUGUUUAAAUAAAUCUCAAUGUUUUAUA